UCCCCUUCACCUGAUAUUGUCUCAGCCUCUUGCCAAACGGAUGACCUGCUUGUCUCUCUUGCUGCUUCCAUAUCCAAGUCCUUCCGGCAUCGUGCCAUCAACACAGACCCCGUAUGCAAUGAAGAAAAAGAAACAAACACGAGGCCUCGUGGUGUCAAUUCAACUCUAUCUUUCCUUGGCACCACGUCUAAUGGGAUACUGGGUGAAAACGGUCAUUCAGAGGACGUUGAUACAGUAACCAUGGGGCUUGAUGAAAUGUUAACAACCGACCUAGAUUCCCUUGAUAACUUAACUCGGGCAAGGAUGCGCCGGAAGUUGCGCGAGCGCUGGAACACUGUGGCUUCUGAAGAUGGCCAUGGAGAUGAGCAUGGCCUCUCAGGGGCUAUCGGAGCCACUGAAGGGAACGUUGGUACCAGUGGCGGUCACACUAGUCACCAUUACUUGAUGCAACACCCAGCAUCUGCUGGUAGAAACGGGCUGACUGAAGCAAUUGACCAUAGCCACCCGUCUUCUGUGUAUUCUGCACGCCGGUCCAGUGCUGUGCAACAGAGUUAUCGACCAUGGUAA